AUGGAAUUGUUUCAGACGGACUUACAUUACAUAUUGUUGGACGGAGAACACAGUCUCUGGUGUAGCAGAACCACUGGAAAACUCGAGCCAAAGAAAGGUAAUGACUUAGCUAAUGCAUGGAACCCAGUGUGUGUUGGCCAGGUCUAUGGAGUUAUAGGAAAGGUCAAAUUACACCCAGAUUCUGAAUGGCGACUAUUGCUGAUCAAACAGAGGUCCCUGGCCUGUAAACUAGCAGGUCAACAUAUUUACAAGAUCAGCAAAAUUGCUGUCCUACCUCUGAAUUCUACAGAUGUUGCUAGUGAUCUUGAUCUUGAGUUAUGCAAGAAACAUCAUUUUGGCAUGAGAAAAUCUGAAAAAACAAAUCAGUCAAAUGAUAAUUCUCAGAUGUCACUACGAGGUACUUGGAAUUCUAUAAAAUCUGUUGCAGAGAAUGUCAAAUCGAAAAAGAAGGAAACGAAGGACAAGGAAAAAUUUGAAAAGAGGAUCCUUGAGGAGCUACUGAAGAUGUACAACGACUCAGACUUCUUCUACUACAGUGAUGAUUUUGACCUCACUAAUAGCCUGCAGCGUCAGAACAGUGCAACAUAUGACAAAACUUUGCCUUUGUGGAAAAGGACAGAUGAUCGCUUUUUCUGGAACAAACAUAUGUUGUUGGAGCUCAUGGAGGCUGAUGAUCCCUUAAGUGAGCACUGGAUGAUGCCUGUUAUUCAAGGCUAUGUCCAGAUGGAGACCUGCCUCAUGGAUUUUGAUGAGGACAGGAUGUCCAGUCAGUCUGAUAUGUCUUCAUCGGUGGACUAUUCUAGUCAGAAACUGGAGCCUCUCAGCUAUAAAAUCAGCAUCAUCUCACGCAGAAGUAGGCACAGGGCAGGAACUAGAUCAAGAACAAGGGGGAUCAACUCUGAUGGAGCUUGUGCAAAUUAUGUUGAAACUGAGCAG